AUGGAGGAAGAACGUGAGGGACUGUUGGAGCUGAAGGACAUGGCAAGGCGGCAGGGGGAACAGAUCCAUCUCCUGUCGCAGUGGGUGGAGCUGCUGCAGCGGCCUCAAGCAGGGUCGCCUGGGAGCCCCAGGGUGUGUUGGCGAUGCCGACAGCCCGGCCACCUGGCCCGGAACUGUGACGGGCAGCGGGUCCCUGCUCCACCGCAGCCCUCGCCGGCAGCCCAACCGGGCCGUAAUGGGAGGCCCUCCCCUCGUCGGCCAACAGGAGGUCCGCCGUCCCCUGGACUGAGUAGUGGCCGUGCCAGCGGAGCGCUGCCAGGCCCAAGGGACAUGUCCAUGCCUUCCGUGCGCGACUCCCCGUGCGCACCUGGAGGAGCAUACCUGCCUGACUUGAUGGUGGAGAACCUCCCGGAGGAGUUGGACCUCCAGCCCGUAGCGCAGGGUGCCCUGCCCCUGGCGGAGGGCCUCCACAGCCUGCUGGACAUGGCCAGGGGCUCGGUGGAGAUCGUCUCCCCUUACUGGACCCUGAGCUCCAUCGAGCAGCAGGCCGACCACUACUCACCCAACGAGGGUCAGCGUGUGUUUGAUCGUCUACUGGGCCUGAAGUCGCGCGGGGUGAAGCUGAAGGUCACCAACACCCUGCUGGACUCUGCUGAGCUGACAACCCUGGCCGCCCACAAUGCACAGAUUCACUACGUGAACAUGACAGCUUUCACCAAAGGGCACCUGCACUCAUCCUUCUGGGUGGUGGAUCGAAAGCACAUCUACAUCGGGAGCGCCGGCAUGGAUUGGAGGUCGCUGGCCAAGAUGAAGGAACUGGGCGUGCUGCUGUAUAACUGCAGCUGCUUGGCGCUGGACCUGCACCGCAUCUUCUCCUUCUACUGGCAGCUGCACGACAAGGACUACAUCCCCUCCAUCUGGUCCAAGCGGGUCACGGCCCUCUACAGCCAGGGUGAACCACGAGAGGUGGAGCUCAACGGCACCCACGCCAGCGCCUACAUGUCUACGUCUCCGGGCCUGUUCUGUGCCAAGGACCGCACCCGGGAUGUGGAGGCCAUCCAGGCCGUGAUCCAGGAGGCCCAGACCUUCAUCUACAUCUCCGUCACAGACUACCUGCCCCUGGUCAACCGCAGCUCGCAGGACCAGCACGUCACAAGGUAUUGGUCGGUCAUAGACGAGGCGCUGCGCGAGGCUCUGGUCCUGCGCCAGGUGACGGUGCGUCUGCUGGUGAGCCUGUGGGAGCGUACGCACCCGUACACCUUCAACUUCCUCACCUCACUCAGCUCCCUCUGCAUGCAACUCAUGGACUGCAACCUGGAAGUGAAAUUUUUCAGUACCGAUGAGGCACUACGUUCAAGGCGCAACAGCAAGGCCCUCAACCAUAACAAGUAUAUGGUAACGGACAACGCAUUAUACAUAGGAAACCUGGACUGGGUGGGGAAUGAGUUUACCUUCAAUGCCGGAACGGGGCUUGUGAUUCAGCCCAGUGCAGAACACCCAGACGACAGGCCCGCCAUCUUGGAUCAAAUGAAGUCCGCCUUUGAAAGAGACUGGUUCUCUUGGUACGCCAGGAGUCUGCAGGAUGUCAUGGCUCGAACAGGAAGUACACUGAAGAACCCAGCAUUCUCAUUGGUCAAGAGAGGCACAAGUGGCAGAGAUAGGGGUGCGAAAUAAUGCAUUUUCCUCCCUCAAGCAUCGCCUAGCCACGUUACCCACCAUUGCAUCUUGCUAGCUGACAAAGGGGCUCUAGCGUGGCUAGGCUAGCUCUAUCAUGGACUGUUUUGAUAUGUGGAAAAUCCCAGCUGUAAAUAAGAAACACUUUUCCUCUUUCCUCUCUUCUUCUUUUUGAACAAUUACUACGGCAAACAAACACAAUGUACAUGUAUGUAUGCUUUGCUCUGGGUCCUUAAAGGCCACUGCAUGCAAAAAGAUGUGAUAUACAAGACUAUAUAAACAUGUGCUGACAAACCAGCUUGAGAGACGCUAAAGUCCUGUCAUGAAUUCCUUCCGCCUUGUGCGCCUAUAUGGCUGAUUUUUACUUCAUUUUAUACAGUACCUACAUACCUGGCUGCAAACUUGUGCUUAUUAGAGCUUGUCAGGUGGUUCAGUGAAUCAGAACAAAUAUGUG